AUGGCUUCAACUACACCUGCAAAUCUUUCUCAUCUCGAGAAAUCUCCAUGCAGCUCUAAGUAUGAUGCCGGAUAUCACGAACCUCAACCCGAAAAACAUAAACAAGACAUGUUCACUUUGGAGAUCUGUAGUGAAGAGGAGGUUUUUCAGGGUGAUCAGCCCCCCAAACCUAGUAAAGUAGGCGCAUUGCAGACAGUGGCAGGUUCGAGCAGACGUGAUGCUGAGGAUGAGAGUGGGAGGGAGAGGCUGAAGAGACAUCGGAUGGAGAUGGGUGGGCGAGUGUGGAUUCCAGAUACAUGGGGUCAGGAGAAUUUGCUGAAGAAUUGGAUAGACUGCACUGCAUUUGAUGCUUCGUUGGGUAACAGCAGCGUGCUCUCGGCUAGGGCUGCUCUUAUGCAACAGCGUGCUACUACGAGGUCUGCUAAUAAUCUUCCACUUCGCAGAAGGAUAUUAGAGAACAGAUGUUAG